AUGUCUUCAAUAACAUCUUCGUCGUCUUCAUCAUCAAUAAAUGAACUUUCAUCAGAAAAUAACUUAGAAAAUUCAAAUAAUAAUAAUAAAGAAGAUGAAAUAAUAGAGUCUAAAGACAAAAAUGAAUCUAAAGAUACAAGUAAUAUAGAAAGUAUAAAUAAAUCUAAAGAUACAAAUAAUAUAGAAGAUAAUGAAAAUGCAGAAGAAGAGGACGAAGGAAAAUUAAAAUUACAAACUAAAAGAGAAAGCAUUAAAGAUGAACUUAAUUCAAAAGAUGAAAUUAAUUUAAAUGAACAAUUAAAUAAUUCGCCAUCUUCACCUUCAAGUUCAAAUUCAUCAAAUUCAUCAAAUUCACUUUCACCGUCUCCUUCAUCUUCAAAUUCGUCAAUAUCACCAUCACCAAAUGAAGAAUUAACACCAGAUGAAAAACGUCAAAGAGCUGCUGCUGAUCGUUCAAAACAAAGAAUGGAACUAAAAAACCUUAUGAAACAAAGAAAACUUAAAAAUAAUAAUAAUGAUGAUGAUGAGAUUAUUAUUUUAACACCUACCAAGAAUCAAAAUGAUUCACAACAACCAACAAUAACUAUUAAUAGUAAAGAUGAUAAAAAAAAAUAUAAAGAUGGAUUAAUAUCAGACAUUGAAUCAGAUUGUUCGAUAGAUUUGGAUGAAUUGAUUGCUCAAACAAGUGAUUUAGAUGCGGGUGGCGGUGUUAAUCUAGGCGAUGACCUUGCUAGACAUCUAACACCAUCAACUACACCUUUACGUGGCCCAUCGCCGAACUUUAAUACAGCCAGGCCUGUUAGUAUUAUAGCUGAGGAAGAAGAAAGUCUAAGUGAUACUCCACUUGAAAUUGAUAAUCAAGAAGCCGAUGACCUUUGGAAAACUUCAAAUAACGAAGAUAAUAUAUUUGAUAUUUAUUGUGGUAAAUCAGGAAUCCCAGCUGGAAUGUCAAAAUCUGCAUUUUUUGGUCAUUUCGGCAUAUCUCCAUUAACUCCAUUAUCACCUACAUCAUCACAAGCCUCAUCGACAGCAGAUCCGGAUGAAUUAUUUGAAACAAUGUCAAAUGGAUCUACUAGAUCAGCAGCAAGCACUAGUUCAAGAGGCACAAUAACUGGAAGUGGAACAAGGAAACCAUCAAAUACUUUGGGAAUAAGAGCACCGAGUAGAAUCGAUCAUUAA